AGGAGGGAUAUAUAUAUAGAUAGAUAGAUACUUUGGGUUGAGAAGUUAGAGGUCAUAUGUUUGGAGAAUAAAGCAAAAUAACAAAGGUCCAUUGGAGAAUGCCUGGGGGGAGGUGGGAAGAGAGGCCAGUGUUAUCAAAGGCGAAGAUAGAGUCAUAUGUUUAGUGUCGCCUCUUUAGGAUUACGCUCAUUGGCAAGGAAAAUUAUGCCUUAAAGCCUUGAUGACGACACUGAAGCGCCUUCUAAGCGAGGCAAAGCGCUCAACCUUGCGUAAAACCAGAAAGCACAUGUCAACCUUGGUAUGCAUUCUGAGAUUUUGAACAAUUAUCGGCAAAAGAAUCUUCCAAUGUUGAUUUUCUUUUUAAUUAAAACCAACAUUGAGUUUGGGGUUUUCAAACUUGCUCUCUUUUAUGGAAGUACCGGGUUGUCUUUAUGAUUUACCUGCAUUAGCUAACUAGUGGUAUCGUAUUGAUAGACGUAGAGAUGUUCUUUCUGUAUUUCCUUAAUCUUAUUCUUUGUUACUAUGCAUUUGUGUUGAUCCUGACACAUGAUAUGUUUCUUCGUGGUGCCAAUUUGUUUCAAUUCACAAGUAAUUUGGACUUAUUUGUUUUUUCAUAUAAACUUAACAGCCAAGCCAGUGUUAUUUUUACCUCCCCGACAUCUCUGAGUAUGAAGUUUUGCAUCUAUAUUAGUUGCAGGUGAAUAUAGUCACUGGACAUAAUUGGGAUAUAAAAAUAACAUAUAUCAUUUGACUGUGCAAAAAAUUUGUCUUGCCAUCUUGUCCAUAGCCAUUAGCUUCUAUUAAUUUUCUAGCUUGUUACACUAUGGAUUAUCUCAAUUUCUUUCUUUCUUUAACCAUUUCUCGAAUUAGAGUAUACUUUUUCAUGUCAGGGUAAGCUUCUUUUUUAACAUUGUCAUGCCACCUCUUCUUCAUUUAAGAAAAACACAUUGUUAUUAAGGCAAAGCACAAGUGAGAUGCAUCGUUUAUUUAUGUUGGUUACGGCUUUUUCCUCAAAAUCAAUAUUUUUACAGUUAUGGCUAUAAGGUUCUUAUUGGAUGAUAAGCUAACAUGAUUGUUACUAGUCGAUAAGUGGUAUAUCUAUUUUUUACUCCUACAAUCAAUUAGGGGGUCAGUAUGGUUGCUACUUUGAAUUUUUCUUGAACUUUUAGUAUCACAAUUUUCAUGGUAGCUUCAUCAUCUUGCCUAAGUAAUAAAAGACUGGUUAAGGGAUGUGCUUAUUAAAUAAAAGACUUGUUAUGGGACGUGAAACAAGAAAGAGAAACUAGAGUAGAAGAGAGAAAUCUAGAGAGAACCUAGAGAAUUCUUACUUGAUGAUCCUUAUGUUACAAAGCACACCUAUUUAUUGGUGUAAUCCUAUACAAAACCUAAAAGUUUGUGUAAAUGUAAUAAAUUAUUGGGGCUAUACUUUAAUUGUGAUUAUUCAUUCCUUGACUUUGGUUUUUUUUUUUUAUUAGGUAUUUUUGACUUUACCAUUAAUCUCCAUGUGGGUGAGCUAAUCUUCUUGACCUUUAUUCAUGUUAUCACUUAUUCAAUGUGGAUGUCUUCUAAUGAUCCUUCUCAAGUUAGAGCGUAAAAAUAUAGGCUCCAAGUUUACGCACCUGUGCUCGAUUCUUGGACCUCGGGGUGCUUUGGUAAACAUGUCUGCAAACUGAUCAUUUGAAAUAACAAAAUUGGUAGAGAUAAUCUUGAGUAGUAUUUUCUUACGUAUAAAAUGACAAUUGAUCUCAAUGUGUUUUAGUUCUUCGGGAAUUACUGAAUUAUACACAAUGCACAUUGCAGUUUGAUUGUCACAAAACAUUUCCUUUUCUGUAAUUUUUCAAAUUUUAACUCGAGUAACUGCUCGACCACCUAAUUUCACAUAUUUGCAAGGGCAUAGUUCUAUACUUUGCUUUGAACCACAUUUUGCAUCUUACUUCUUCAAAAGAUUUACGUUCCGCCAUUUAAUACGAUGUAGCUGCACACGGACCACCUGUUAGAUGGAGAUCCGACCUAUCCUCCAUUUGCAUAAUAGAAAAUUUUGUUGGUUCCUUGAUCAUUGUAUAAAAUUAUAUGGAAGGAACAUCCCGUGACUAUCAUUUAGGAUCUUGUGGAAAUUGACUAAUCACUAACGACACUGACUUCAGAUGAAAUAUCCGGGCAAUAAUUUGAUUUCCCUACUAAUUACUUAUGGUGUUCUGGUUCUGAUAGGGGCUCCCCUGUUCCCGAAGUGUGCUCAUUGAUCGUCAGUUAGUCAUACUAGUUUUAUCCAAAAUCUAGAGCAAGAGAUGACUACAUUCUAGUUGGACUGAACAACGUCUAUGCUGAGGCGAAAUUUAAGCCUCCUAAUUUCUUGGUUUGAAAGCGAGUAAAGAGCUGACUCUUUAGCGCCUCAAUCUCUUUUUGUUCAUCUCUAGCUCUGACAACCAUAUACGACAAGGUAUAGACUCAAACCCUGUGCCUUGUGUCAACAGAAGUGAAAUGAUCCAGUUUACUAAGGACAAAUCCAGAUUGAUGACUGCAGAACUGAAGUGUCCGGACUAUGCUCGUGAAGAUUGUCUCAAAUCAUAAAGAUGAUCAAUGAAGUUGACAUGCUAAACCAGGCUAUAUCUUAAGCAACAAAAAAGAUUGCCUGCAGAGAUUAUCCACAUCCACGACAUCUUUGUGCUAAAUUUCCCUUUGGUUCUACUCCACAUGAAAGGCACUGUGAUCAGUGCCAUUGUUACGUUUGUGACACACUUGCUCCAUGUGUCUACUGGUGCACUGGUGUUGCCCAUUGUCAUGCUACUGACAAGGAGAAGUAUUGGAAAUCACAGAGACAAAGCACAAGGAAAAUUGAUAUACCGCUUUUAUUGGUUCCUCCAGGCCCUAAUACUUCAGUGUCUGUUCACCCGCCCGUAUCUAACCAAGCUCCUGGUUUGGUUUGGAAAUCACCUAAUUAUCCGCCACAGAACCAAAGAAUUAGACAAGCCCCAAUUCGUCCUUGUUCUAUGUCAAGCAGUCCUGGGUUACCGAAUUUAGCGAGACAGCGACUUACUGAUCUUAGAGACAAUUUUCAUAGCCGUGUUGUCUCUCAACAGUUGCACAAUGCAAGCAUUAACGUUAGUCCAAGGGACAAAAGGCACAAUGUUAGUCACAUGGGUCCCCAGUUUUUUACUAUCCGAACAGCGUUCAAAAGGGCAGGGUCAUCUGGACAGGCUUUGGCAACUGGUAGAUCGGGCUAUAAUUCAUCCAGUGCUAGUUCUGUGCCUCAAUUUGGUGGAAAUCAUUCUUCAGUGGCUAGGUGGCAAGAGCUUUAUGGCAGGGUGCCUGUAGGCUCGAAUAAAUAUCUCGCUUCCUCCCAGCCCAAUGCUGGUAUACUUGGUGCUAGUUCUGUUUCUUGCCAACUUCAACUACAUAAGCAGCCUGGUCUUGUGCGUGCCUCUGCAAAUUAUGUAUUAACAGAACCAGAGAUACUCUCUCAGCCCAAUGCUGAGAUACGUGGUGCUAAUGCUGUUUCUUCCCAACAUCGACUACAUGGGCAGCCUGCUCUGGUUGGUGUAUCUGCAAAUUAUGCACCAAUGGAGCCUGCGAUUCCCUCUCAGCCCAGUGCUGGCAUAGCUGGUGCUAAUCCUAUUUUUGUCCAAGCUCAAUUACCUAGGCAGCCUAGUCUUGUGGGUGUAUCUGCAAAUUAUGCACUGAUGGAACCUGAGAUAUCCUCCCAGCCCAGUGCUGGCAUGCUUGAUGCUAAUGCUGUUUUAUUCCAACCUCAAUUACCUAGGCAGUCUAGGUUUGUGGAUGCAUCUGCAAAUUAUGCACCAAUGGAACCUCAGAUACCCUCUCAGCCACAAGUUAGUGUAUGUGCAAAUUCGGCGUCUUCGGAAGCUCCAGCAUUCUCUCUACCCUAUGCUAAUUCAUCACCUUCUCAACCUCACUUAUCUACACUUCCUAGUGUUCUAAGUGAAUUUGAAAGUUUUAUUUCAUCUGAAAAUGCAGUAUCCUCCCAGUCAAAGGUGGGUAAUAUGUACAAUAACCCAUUAUCAUCUGAAGCCCAAAUGUUCUCUCAACUUUAUGCAGCCGGAAACUCUACUAACAAUUUGCCUCAGCAAUCUUCGGUGUCCCAGUUGUCCAAUCAGCCAGAUGAUGGAACCUCAUCUAGAAGUUCAAUCCCCUGCAAUGGCCAUUUGCCUUCCCCUGCUAGGACAGGAAGCGCCUCUGGAAGCAGGCACGAGAACACUUCUGCUUGCCAGCCUAAACUAUGUAGACAGCAAAUUUCAUCAUCUGAUAGCCAAAGUACUUCCCAACAUGGAUAUCAAGGCGAAAAUGCUUUUGUUCUAAGUUUCGAAGAAUUUGACUUUGGUUGGGAAACACAUGUUAGCCAAACUAACAAUUUGGGUAAGGUAUAUAAUCCUAACCUUGCAGAGUCAACGGAGAUAAGUAGAUUUUCUCAGUCAAUUGAAAGCACACCCGAUUUGGACAUUCUGUAUGAUGAUUGAUUAUUUUCUGGACCUUCAGAGGCACCAGUUUCCACAGGAUUCAACAUAUUGUCCCCUGAAGUUCCUCCUGUAGAUUCUGGAUUCUUUGUUGACUUUUAAAUGUUGGAGGUAUUCUUGAUGAAACAUAGCCUUUUCGUUCCUUCAAAGUUUUUUCUUUUGAAAACAAAGUUAGGAAUGCUUCUCCCCUUUAAGGGUAGAAGAGUACAUAUUGUUUUGAAGAGGUAGGGUUAACGGGUUAAAUAUUCUUUUGGUGUAAACUGCUUUUGCAUCUAAGAGACCAAUUUCAUCCACCUGUACAUGGUAGUACUAAUUUCUUAUGUAAAGCUAUAUUAAUAGCAGAUGUUUUCACCAAAAACUGACUUCAAUGGAGAGAUGAUCUACAAUUGUCAAUUUUUAUGGAUAUCAGUGCUUGGCGUAGACCUGAUUGGUUUUA